AGGCGCCACCAUUAGUGCCGUCGAAUCUACCAUUAGUGUGUGUGAAUGUGUCACACCUGCCGAGAGGGGGAUUAUAAUCCUGACACACCUAUAAAAAAAAAUGGUUCUUUCUUGGUGGGCCACAUGCUAACGAAGCUAAUCCAGAGGUGUCCAGCUCCGAUGGAGGCCGGUUACAAAGCAGGGGUGCAUGCGUUGUUGAUGUUGGCCUUGCUGGCGCAGGCGGCCUCGGCUCAACACUGGUCGUACGGAUGGCUGCCAGGUGGGAAAAGGAGUGUGGGAGAGCUGGAGGCCACCAUCAGGAUGAUGGGUACAGGGGGCGUGGUGUCUCUUCCCGAAGAGGCGAGUGCCCAAACCCAUGAGAGACGUCGACCAUACAAUGUAAUGGAUGAUGAUUCCGAUCGUUUUGAGCGAAAGAAAAGGUUCUCUUAUAAAUGA